GUCACGUGAUUGGGGGAAAAAUCAUGGCUGCUCCGAUGCACAACACUAAUUUGACAGCUAAGCAGGAUUGUAUACUAGAGCCGCUUUGUUUCCCCGAGCACCUGUGUGGUAGCGCUUCUCUCGCCUCCUCCAGCGAUGGCCGUCCAGUGACCUGUGCGCUCUGUUCAGACUCUUUUCCCGCUUCUGAAAAAGACCAGCUUCUCAAGCACAUGGUGUUGGAUCACAAGCUGGUUAUUGCUGAUGUCAAACUCAUCGCAGACUUUCCACGGUACAUAUUGUACUGGAAGAAACGGUUUACAGAACAGCCCAUCACAGAUUUCUGCAGUGUUAUCAAGACCAACUCUGAAGGUCCUGUAGAACAACAAGAGCAUUACUUCCUAUUAUGUGACGCCCUGCCAGAAGACAGGAUCCUUAGGGAGCAGCUACAACAGAGACGACUGGAGGAAGUGCUGGACCAGCAGCAAAAAGAGAGGGACGAUACAACAUUUCACCGUGCAUGUAUGUUCUGCAAUGAGGAGUUUACUGGAAACAGGUCUUCACUGCUGAAUCACAUGGCUAAAGAACACUCUUUCAGCAUCGGCCUGCCUGACAACAUCGUCUACUGCAACGAGUUCCUCGACACUCUGGAGUGGAAAUUGGAGAACAUGCAGUGUCUGUACUGUGAGAAGACAUUCAGGGACAAAACCACCUUGAAAGAUCACAUGAGAAAAAAGCAGCAUCGACGAAUAAACGCCAGAAACUACAACUACGAUCGCUUCUAUGUCAUCAAUUACUUGGAGCUGGGGAAGACAUGGGAGGAGGUGCAGUCUGAAGAUGACAGGGAGCUCUUUGAAGAUGAAGAUGACGAUUGGUCAGAUUGGCAGGCUCAUCCGGUGUGUGCCGUGUGCCUGUUUUGUGAGCAGCAAGCAGAGACGAUGGAGAAAAUUUACACACACAUGGAGGAAACUCAUGAAUUUGACCUGCACAAAUUAAAAACAGACUUAAGCCUGAAGUUUUACCAGCAAGUGAAACUAGUGAAUUACAUCCGGCGUGAGCUUCACCAGUGCCGCUGUUAUUGCUGUCAGGAGAACUUUGAAACCAAAGAGGAACUAGUGCAACACCUGGUUAAUACAGGUCAUGUGAUGCAGCUGCCUGAGGUCUCGCACUGGGAUCAACCGCAAUACUACUUUCCUACAUACGAGAACGACGCUCUUCUUACCGCUCUGUCGGACAGUGAGAGCGAAUCUGAGGGUCCAUAUCCCAUCUCUGAAGUUCCUGUUAUUGCUGAAGACAUUUCAAACCUUAAGGUUAUAAAACAGACCAGUGUGCUUAAUAAACUUCUCAAAGACAGGGGCGGCUCCAACUGACGACGAGGAACACCCAGAGAAUUCUGUUCCCGUUGUUUUCAGUGUGAAAAUUAACCAUAUGUUGAGAUUAAUGAAGUGACUCUUUAUUUCUAUUAAUGUGGGUUUAUGAAAACACAGUCAAAUAAACUUUAUUUAUACAAGUAUGCCAUACGCUAAUCAUUGGAAAUACCUAAUUGAAAGGAUGUGACUGAAAAUAACAUUUUGGUUGGGAAAUUUUGGCUGAUAUGGCAUAUCGACAUUGUAAAUAUUAACGUUUGUUUUAAUAAAGAUACUGUCAGAGCAGUCUACACACAACACAUUCCCACUAUAAGCAAACUGUCAUAUUAAUACAUAGGUCUAUUAACACUAAUAAUGCUAAAUUAUUAGGAAUACCCAGAAGAAAGUUAAAAACAAGGUCAAGAAUGGGAAUAUUAAAUCAAAAUAUAGUGGAAGUUACAGUCUCUGUAUUUUUAGUUACAAAAUACUGAUUUAUAUAUUAGAAUACAGUUUCAUAUUCUUUUUAAUAUACACUAUAUCUAAUGUGUGUUUUAAUAUGUGUAUAAAUUUUUAUUGUCCAGUCACAUUAGUGAAGAAAAACAAGUGUGUAUAGUCAAUAACGUGAUAAGGAAUGAAGCUCACACAAAAGUUACUUUCAAACCAAGCAGGUUUUUUUUGGAAGCCUAUGGCGUUUUAGUACAACGGCAUUUUAGUGCCACGUAAGAAAAAUCUUAAGAUUACGAGAUUAAAGGCUUAAUAUUUUGAGGAAAAAGACAAAAUUACGAAAUUUAAGUCAUAGCAAUUAAGAAUAAAGUUUACAUAUUUCAAAAAUCAAGUUGAAAUUAUGAGAACAAAGUCGAAAUAUUUCAAGAAUAAAGAAAAAUUUUGAAAAUAAAGUCAAAAUAUUUGGAAAAAGUCGAAAUUACGAGAAUAAAGGUUUUCUUAAGAAUACAGUCAAAAUAUUUUGAGAAUAAAGUAAAACUUACAAGAAUAAAGUUAAAAUAUUUCAAGAAAAAUUGAAAUUACGAGAAUAGUCAGAAUUGCAAAAAUAAAGUCAAAAUAUUUCAAGAAUAAAGUUGAAAUUAGAAGAAAAAAGUCAAAAUUGCAAGAAUAAAGUAGAAAUAUUUUGAGAAUAAAAUCAAAAUUAUUAUUAUUAUAAUUAUUAUUCAAAAGUCAAAAUAUUAAAAAAAAUAAAGUAGUCAAAAAAAAAUUAUGGGAAUAAAGUAGAAAUAUUUCAAGAAUAAACAAAAAUUACAGAUAUUAAGUUGAAAUAUUUCAAGAAUAAAGUAGAAAUUAUGAGAAACUUUAAAUUGCAACAAUAAAGUCAGAAUAUUUUGAGUAUAAAGUACAAAAGACAAGAAUAAAGUAGAAAUAUUUUGAGAAUAAAGUCGAAAUUACUAUAUAAGGUCGAAAUUGCUAAAGUCGAAAUGUUUCGAGAAUAAAGUCGAAAUUACUAGAUAAAGUUGAAAUGUUUCGAAAAUAAAGUAGAAAUUACUAAAGUUGAAUGUUUCAAGAAUAAAGUCGAAAUUACUAAAGUCUAAAUGUUUCAAGAAUAAA